AUGUAUCUUUCCCUCUUUGUCUUGGUUGGAAUUGCAGGAUAUGCCAUAGUGUUGUGGCUUCUGGGCUUGCACAUGCACAGAAAUGCCUUCUCUGUCUACAUCCUCAACCUGGCUGUGGCUGAAUUUCUCUUCUUAAGCUUUCUUUCAUGUCAGACAUUAAAUUACAUCACGGCUUCCUUCCUCACCCUGCUGGUGCAGAUCUUUUGUGGCUCACAGUGGAUCCCCGUGACCAGGCUGUGUGUGAUCAUUGUACUCACAGUGCUGCUCUUCCUGAUCUUUGAUCUCCAAUUUGGGAUCAUAUUUUUCCUCUACCAAUGGUUUGGGUGA